AUGCGCUUCACUUCGAUUAUCCCGGCUUUGGCACUGACUCUCGGCGCGGCCGCAGACCAGGAGUGGCAUUUUGGUGAUGUCGUAUAUAUGGGACCAACCAGCGGUUCAAACUACAUCAAGAAGGUCACCUACUCUGUCACCGCGCCUCCCGUGCCCACAGACUUCUCCCAAAGCGACUGCUGGGCCAGCAUCUGGAUUGGUAUUUCAGCCUCGCAGAGCGACAACAGCGUCCCGCUCAUGCAGCCCAUCUUCAACUGGGCUCCAGAUAAUGCGGCUCAAGGGUGUCCGGCUGCGAAUAACGCGUGGUGCGUAGCAGCGUCGACCUUGUUGCCAGACGGCCAAACGGACGAGCCGUAUGUUGCGGUUGCCAACAAUCAGCAAGUGGAUUUCGAAAUCAACACUGUCUCGUCUGGAACUGUGUCGCAGAACGUGUCCAUCGACGGCAACGUCAUCUCUUCCAUCACAAACAAGAACAUCGGCAAAAACCCCACCUACUUCAUCGCCGCAGACGAGUGCUUCACUGGCAAGUGCGGAACUCUUGCUUCAUACACCUGGGAGAACGUCGUUAUCACCCUCGCCACGGCAGACAAGAAUUUUGGUGCCACCCUGAGCAUGGAUGGGGCGUCGUCGAAGGGAUUCACAACGUCAGACAACGGACUUACCUGGAAGGGUGCCAUCACCUUCAACAAGGACGUGUUCGCUUGA